AUGACUAACUACCCGGCAAAUUUUUUCUUCGAAAACACUACCAUAGGGAAGGGCCAGCUGACGGUCAACAUCGUCUACAAUGGCGUCAACAUCCCGGCCAAAAUUGAGCAGACGGAGCUUAGCAAAUUUCACAUCAGUUACAACCCUAUCGGCAGCGGUACAUACAUUAUCAGAGUGUAUUACGAUGGCAAUGAGAUACAAGGUUCGCCAUUUACUAUGGAGGUUAUUGACGCUAAAGACGUGAAAACGAGCGGCGAGGGCUUGAACUCUGGCGAGGUCGGUGAGAGGUCAAGCUUCUUUUUGAACCUCGGACCGAAUGCAUUUCCAUCCGACGUCAAAGUGCUGAUCACGACCCCAAAAGGAUUUCCACUGCAGCCCAAAAUUAUAGACCGUGGGGGAGGUAACGUUGUUGUAGAGUUCAGCCCAAUCGAAGCAGGCGAGCAUCUGAUUGACGUGAGGUACUUCGACAAGCCGAUAAGUGGCAGUCCCUUCUCGUGCCAGGUGACAGAUGGAAAUCAGAUCUACAUAAACAACAUCCCGCCCGUGGGCUCCAUCAACAGACCGGUAGAGUUUGAAAUCGACGCAACGAGCGCUGGACAAGGCAAGUUAGAAAUAUCAGUAAACGAUGGCAACGUACCCUGUAUGGUUGAUAGCCAGGGGGGUUAUAGGUUCAGGGCCUCCUUCGUACCCACUGAGGCAAUCCCUCACGUCGUCAGGCUUAGGUUCAAUGGAAAAGAAGUUUCAGGCAGUCCGUGGAUGGUACAGGUGCAGAAUCCCGCGGCAAACGCCAUGGUGUCGUACAAUUUUUCUCAGAACAUUGUAGUGAACCAGGUGACUGAGUUGGAGGUUAAGUUGAACAGUCUGGAUAGCGAGGUUACUGCUUCAGUUACAGGGCCAAACAGGCGCUCGACCCCGGCCAGCGUUGUCAACAUGAGAAACGGUGUUCACAGAGUUGAGUUUGCGCCAAGAGAAGCUGGGACACACCUGGUGCAGAUCUCGGUAGACGGAGUAACAGUUCAUGGCAGUCCCUUCGUCUUCAAGGCCUACAACCCUCAGGCCAUCGUCGUCACCCCCCCUGGCGUAGGCACCAUCGGAGUCCCGGUGGAGUUCACCAUCGACGCCUCGAAAGCCGGCGAGGGUCAGUUGGAGAUAAUGGUCAACAAGGGCAGUGUUCCAAACGUCACGAGGUCAAUUAGCAAGAGUAUCUUCCAGGUCAGUUUCGUGCCUACAGACCCGCGUCCUCACAUUGUCGACCUGCUCUUCAACAAAGAACCCAUACCGCAAAGCCCUCUCUCCGUACCAAUAAUGGACGCCCGGGGCAACAUGGUGACGUCACAGGGGGCCAGUUUGCACGAGGUGGCCACAAACAGACACUCCAUAUUCAGACUGCAUCAAAACCAGCAGCAGCAGCAGCAAAUCCACUCUAAUCUGUCUCGUUCCAUAGCACCGAAUGGUGAGAUUGUGCCGGCAAAGAUGAUUCUACAGCCAGAUGGCGACUACAAACUCGAUUACAUGUCCAAGUAUACAGGUCGUCACCGUGUAGAAAUAACCAGCCAGGGUCACCCAAUAAUGGGCAGUCCGUUCUACGUUGAAAUCUACGACCCCAACAAGAUAAAAGUGGAAGGCAAUAAGACUGGCAUGGUUGGGGAGAGAAUGGAGCUGGAUAUUAUAAGGAACCAAGCAGGCAAGGCAGACUUGAAGAUUACAGUAAAGGGUCCCAGAGGGAACCUCAUACGCUACGAAAUGUUCAACACCCCGAGAGGUGAGAGGGUUGCGUACACCCCAACGGAGCCAGGGGUGCAUCAAAUCCACGUACUCUUUGGGAACCUGAACGUGCCUGGCUGUCCGGUGAAGCAGGAGAUAUUCGACGCGUCCAUCGUCAUAGCCGAGGGCGAAGGGCUCGUGAAGGGCCUGGAAGAUCACGUGACCUCCUUCUACGUGGACUCCAGAGGUCAAAAGGGAGAGUUGAAAGUUCAAGUUGACGGACCGAAUAGCAUUGCAAAAUGUAACAUUACGGAGGAAUUCGAUGGCAGAUAUCUGGUCUCCUACAUCCCAGUAGAGCCCGGGUUCUUCAACAUCAUCGUCAAGUGGAAUGGGCGGGAGAUAGAAGGUAGCCCUUUUAGACCGCGCAUAAACGCCCUGCAGAAGGUCGGGGUCAUUGGCGGCUGGGAAUCCCUCUUGGAUAAAAAUAACCACAUCACCCUCAUUUGCAACGAAAAGAAGGUUAUUGAGUUUGACACCAGAGGCUGCGGACAAGGUCAACUAACGGCGAGUCUGAUUGGUCCAUCUGGAAGCGUUCCACUUGACUUGAGGAUGAGAGAAAAAGAUAUAUACGUUCUGUCGUUCCUCCCCAAAGAUGAAGGCGAAUACAGGCUUAAAGUAUUUUGGAAUGGCAACCAGAUCGAUCAGUCGCCACUGGUCGGCUACAUAAGACGAGAAGUCACCAAAACAACCACAAAGACGACAACUGAACCAAUUGAGAACCACUACGAGCGACAGCAGCGUACCACAACUACAACCAGCUACCAGCAGCAACAGCAGCAUCAAGAAGUUAAUAGUGACAAGAUUAUUUUGAAUGGGAUUGGUCUGCAACAGGCAGCUGUUAAUCAGCAUUCGGAGUUUUUUAUAGAUGGAUCGAGCGCCGGACCAGGCAGUCCCUCGAUAACAAUGGACGGUCCCACGGGAGAAAUCCCUGUCCAAUGCCUCCUCGUCACUCCGUGCAAGUACAAAUGCACCUACUAUCCCACAAUCCCUGGAAUUUACUCUCUCCACAUAAAGUGGGCAGAUCGUCACGUGAUUGGUUCACCCUUCAUGGUCAAGGUCCAACCGGCAUCCGCCUACUCAAACAGCCACUACCAAAACACCCAGACUCUGAACAUCAACCCCUACCUAAGCCCCAAUGGGGCUGCGACUCAAUUCGAACUCACGCAGACUUACCAAUCAGCCAAUCAGCUCAUUCCACCCUCUCUCGUUAUCAAUCCCCCUCCAUCGAUUGGUGCAGGAUCGGUCGUGGGCGGUCAGAUGGGUGGAGCCAGUGGAGUUCGUUGCAGUGGGGAAGGCUUGACAAGGGCGAAAGUUGGCAAGGAAAUAAGUACCUACAUCGACACGAGGAGAGCCGGAGUUGGUGAACUGACUGCUCAGUGUAACGGGCCCAGCAAACUGGCUCUCUGUCGAUUGGUGGACCCCAAAGAGACGGGGGUCUUUACUUUGUUCAUAAAGCCAGUGGAAGGUGGGACGCACACACUGUACAUCAAGUAUAACAAAGAGAACAUUAAUGGCAGUCCGUUCACUUUCAAGGUUUCCUACCCCCCUGACGCCAGCAAGGUGCAAUGUUUCGGAGCCGGUAUCAAUCCCGGUGUGGUCAACAAAUUUGACGGCGUCUUCUACGUCGAUACGUACAAGGCUGGGUCGGGAGAGUUGGGCGUCAUCGUCCGAGGGCCGAAAGGUGGAUUCAAAGUUGAGCUAUCGCGCGAAACACACAAUGACCGCCGAAUCGUCUGCUCCUACCACCCAUCCGAACCGGGCGAUUACGUCAUUUCUGUCACGUGGUCUGGAGAACACGUGCCCGGAAGUCCAUUCCACAUUCGUCUGGCGGAAACGGAUAUGGAACUGAAGGAGUACCUACAGAAGAACUACCAGGGUGUUACUCAUCCCAACGAUCGAUUCGACAUGUAA